UAAAGUAGGUAAAGGAAAGCGCGUCCCCGUCGGCAGCUGUGUUGCUCUACGGUGUGGAGAGCGCAUAUUGUGUUCGCGGUAUCUUCAUAAUACAGACAAAUACACAUCUGCAAAAUGUCCGAAGACAAGCCCAAGGAAGGAGUGAAGACCGAGAACGACCACAUCAAUCUGAAGGUGGCGGGACAGGAUGGCUCAGUGGUCCAGUUUAAAAUUAAAAGGCACACGCCCCUCAGCAAAUUAAUGAAAGCUUAUUGUGAGAGACAGGGAUUGUCAAUAAGACAGAUUAGAUUCAGGUUUGAUGGACAGCCCAUAAACGAAACAGACACACCGGCGCAGUUGGAGAUGGAGGACGAGGACACAAUUGAUGUAUUUCAGCAACAAACUGGGGGCGUCUGCUAAAACACCACCCAGACCCCACACUUAUCUAUUUUAUUCCUCAUGUUGUUUUCAUUCGAAUGCUUUCCCAUUAUUCCACCCCCUCUCUUCAAUUCUCUUGUCAGCUUUAGCUUUCCUCGAGUGGGCAUCACAGCGUGUUUUCAGUACUCAAUAUUUAUACUCAUGAAUUAGACGGAUACUGUGGCGGGGAAACUCAAGAUGGCUGCCGGAGGGUGCAGUUGAUCGUCCGCGAGCUUCGCAAUGAUCGCUGAUUCACAAACCCACCGGCUGAUCAAACCGGCAACAGUUGACCCCCAUAGUUACUUUGCCCUUUUAAACGAAGGGGAAGCUGUUUUCUUUUUCUCCAAUCCUUGAGAGCUUUAAGUAGGGCUGUUUCAACUCUGAUUCUCUUUGUAUGUUGUAGAAAUAUUCAACCAGUGUUGUAUUCAUCUGCCUUUUUAACGAGGCUGCUUCUCACUGCAUGGGUGGGCUUGGGGUGGGGUCUAUUCUUAUUGGCCGUUUAAGAGACUUGACUUCAUGACACAAUUUCUAAUGACACCUUCUGGACCAAACCCCAAAGGUACUCCAGUUAGAGCAUUUAGACAACGCUAUACCCCACUAGUUUAUACUUUUAAAUGUGUGUAGAAAAAUCCACCUACUAUUCUCAUUUCCUCGUGUCUCGCUUGAGUAGGCGCGAAGGAUGUAAGAAUACCAAUGUCUGUUUGUUUUAUUUUUUAAAUCACCCCCAAACUGUUGCCAGGUCUUGAAGUAAAACUAAAGGGAAUCUUUUCCGGCUUUGUAGCGGAGAUGUUGUUCGUCUCUCGUAAGGCCUGGUGUAAUCUCUUUAAAACAUCUCUAGCCCACCAGAGAGGCUUUUAAAGGUCGACUUAAAAGAUUUCCAGAUGUUGGCAUCCUUCUGUACUGAUUUGUACAUUUUUUGUUGUCCUUUACUACUGUAAACAAUAAAUAUAGUUUGGUACUCAG